AUGGCCGACCUGGACGUCGCCAGCCACUACAACCUCCCCUCCGAAUUUCCCGACGAAUGGCCUGCAGCUUUGGAUGAAGCGGACCAGCCUGAAGAGGAGCCAAUCCAGCGAUCAGACUCCCGCCCCCGCAAAUCGCGAUACAUCGCCCUCGAACGAAGCCCCAGCGAUUGGAGGAGCAACUUCGGCCCACGUCGAGGAAAGGAUGGCAGAGAAAAUGCGCAGAAGGACGAGCCAGAUCCAUUGGGUACGAGUGACAGUGUCCUCCGAAUCCUCAAACAACGAGGCAUACCGCUAGAGGAGGAGAAUGGAAAGCGCUCACGGUUCUUGUUGUCGUCAACAUCAUUCUCGCCCGCGCUCUUUCUGUCCCAGGCGCAUUCCUCGGCAUCUAUUGAAUCAUUAACCAGUGGUCUGGAUAAUCUAUCGCACUCGAUUGAUCAAAAGUCUGCGUCGCUGAAGGUCUUGGUGGAGGCCAAUUUCGAGCGCUUCGUGCGCGCCAAGGCAACCAUUGAUAGUGUCUACACCGAGAUGAGGAAUCAGGGCGUUGAGAAGCAACCAGGUCUUGGGCCUCGCAGGUCAGGACACUUCCGCAGCUAUUCCGGCCAGCAGCGAAGUGUGUCCCCCGCCCCAGUGGCGGCUAAGAAGACAGCACUCGUGAAGGAAAGCGAGUACGGCAUGAAGGGCAUUCGUGGCCCGUUGGUUGAGGCAUCUGUCAAAGCAGAGGAAGUCUGGGGCCCAGCUCUUGGUGGUCGUGAGCGAGAGCAAAUGCUGAAGUCCGUGGUCGAAACCAUGGAGAAGAACCGGGAUGUUUAUGAGAUUGGAAGUCAUUUGGCAAAGUCUAUUCAGCAACGCGAUUACGAAGCUGUCUUUGAGCAGUACACUAAGGCGAGAACACUUGCCAACCAAGCCAAGGACAUUGCAGACCGAGCUUCAUCCAGCUCUAAUCGACAAUUAAGCGACACUGAAACGCACGCUAUUUUAGCUAUGGGCCGAAUGUGGCUAGAUGUUGACCAACAGAUCCACGAUUUCAAGCGGGAGCUCUGGAAGCGUCUUGCGGAUGCGCCCACUAUAUCAACUACAACCACCGCGUUAGGUCCCGUCGAGGAGCACAUGGAACUGAUCGGGGCCUUGUUGGAGCUCGGCGUUGAAGAGAACCCGAUCCAGAUAUGGCUUCAAAGUCGCUUCGAAUUCCUGAAGGCCAAAAUCGCCGGUUUCUCGGAGAGAUGCAAGGUCGAAAUCGAGAUCCUGCGGCGAAGACUUGCUGGUGGCGAGAACCCAACUGCACAAGCCACUGCGUCCUAUCUACGCCUGGCGCCCCGGGAGGGUACCACAGAAAGUCCAGAGAGAUUCGAUACUGACCAAGUUAUUGAACUGUGGGAAUGUAUACAAGCAUUCUUGAACCGACUUCUAUCUUCACAAAAUGGUUUGCUUGGUGAAGUCUUGGACUUCUGGGAAGUGGCACAAUCUUUUAUCGACGGCAAUCGGCAACGUCUCUUGCCUGCCGGUUUUGAAGGGGAGAGUCGCAAACAUCACCGACUAUCUCCCGAGAGUAUCAAACAGCUAGAGAGAGGGGUGGUGGAGCUUGUCAAUCUCAUUCGCGAGAAUGUUUUGCUUCUUUUCGCAGAGCCUCCCAUCGAAGAUGUUUCUAUACUCUUCUCGCCUGUGCCACCGAGUCCUUCAACCCCCGAAUCUAGAGGCAUCACACCGACAGAGUCCCGGUUCAAGCUGGACCCCAAGAAUCUGCCGUUCCCUCCUCCAAAACGGGGAGAACACUGGGAGGAAUAUGCAUUCUGGCCUCCAUACUCUAAUUCGCUGAGUGGAGUGCAUUACCUGAGUAAGUUCCUCAUCAUUGUGGGAACUGCGGCCAGCGAAAUGGCGGCAUUGCGGCCCGUUGGUGGCAGCGGGAAAACCUACGAUCUUCUCAAGACUCUGGUCAGCGUGGCCAGAGAUCGAUCUGCUCGUGUAGCAUGCGCUUCUUGGAGCAAAGAUGCGGAGGUCUGCAAGCUGCUUGAGGAUUGGACUCGCGAUUCGGAGAAGCGUGAUCUGACAAAAAUGCCUGGUUUCUUCGUGGCGUUUGAAGGGGCGAUCUUGAGCGGCAUGCAAAAGAUCCUUUAUAUAUCAGAAGCCAUGGCAAAGCCGGGUACUGUGGAUGUUGUCACCCAGCCUCCUGCAAAACUUCUCCAGAUGGUCCGCGCACAGUUCGUGUCCAGUGUUUACAAAGCACUGAGCGGGCUCGUGGAAAAUGCGGAGCGUGUAACCACAGCUGAAGAGGAAAAUGAGUGGAUAAUUGCUCGACCUGCUUUGACAAGCCAAGUCACAGAUGCUGCCAUGUCGAUACUUUCAGCAGAUUCAGUCGAUUCCUUGAACCGGAACGUUCGAAUCCUUUUGACUCUAUCCAAUCUCAAAGCACUACAGGCUGACCAUGUCCCACAACUGAUCUCCAACUUCGAGACAUCUUUCUCAGUAAAGCUGACGGAAGAGGCAAAGACUGUCCGGGACGUCCUCAGCCAAAUCGAAGACAGACUGUUCCAGUCCUAUGUCAACCCCACCAUAGCUUUGUUGGAUAAAACAAUCUCCGCCGGAAUUGCCUCACCAGACUGGGAGCCACCAACCGAACGGCCAGAACAGGUCCGGCCUUAUGUGUACAACGCCAUGUUAACCAUGGUCUUAGUGCACACGGAGAUUUCCACAACCAUUCCAUCCACCGUAUCCUCGGUAGCCAGCCGAAAUUCGCCAAACGCACCUUUCUCCCUGCUGGCCACUGUUCUCACACAUCUCCUGUUCAAAAUUUCCUCUUCUCUACUCGCGGCCUUCCGUGCUCGGUCUUCGUUCUCGCUUGCCGCUUUAAUGCAGGCUACCUUGGAUACUGAGUUCAUCGCACAAACGCUCGCUCUAUAUUCAACAGAGGAGGCAUCAAAUGUGCAAAGUCAGAUCUACGUGGAGCUCGAUCGCCGGACUACAAAUGAAGCCCGAACAAAGCUCCAGGCUGAGCUAGGCGAGAUGCGAGUAGUACUGAAAAACCUCAGGGACCGCACGAAGGGCGAAUUCGCUUGCUUCAGGAAGCCCAGAAGCACGGGCGGCAGCUCUAAAUCUUCAACUUAG